CCUCCACUAGCGCCACUUCUGCAACUUUCUCCUAUAAAAACAUCACCUCCUCUAAUUCAAUUGCUAUUCACAACCCACUCAACCCUUCCUCUCCUCGUCUCCUUCGUCGACGUAGUCUCCUUACUGCAAUGGCUUUAUGCACAUCACCAAUGGCCCCCAAUUGCCUUUUUUCUCAGCCGGCUAUCUUACCUACCGCCGGCUUUCGGCGUCAGGUUUGUGUGAGAGCAGGGCGCGGCGAUGGGGAUCAGGAGAUUGUAGUUAGAAAAGAAAAGCGUGAGCGGAAGAUUGAUUUCUCAGGGGAGAAGCCGAAGACUCCUUUAUUGGAUACCAUCAACUAUCCCAUCCACAUGAAGAAUCUCUCGGUUAAUGAUUUAGAACAACUUGCGGCAGAACUAAGAGCCGAGAUAGUGUACACAGUGUCUAGAACCGGGGGGCAUCUGAGCGCUAGUCUUGGAGUGGUGGAGCUUUCUGUGGCAAUUCAUCAUGUCUUCAAUGCUCCUCAUGAUAAGAUCAUCUGGGAUGUCGGCCAUCAGGCAUAUCCGCAUAAAAUUUUGACAGGAAGGAGGUCAAGGAUGUUAACUCUAAGGCAGACAUCUGGGCUUGCUGGUUUCCCGAAAAGGGAAGAGAGCAUCUACGAUGCUUUUGGGGCUGGUCAUAGCUCUACAAGCAUUUCUGCAGGACUUGGAAUGGCGGUUGGGAGGGAUUUGUUGGGCAAGAAGCACCAUGUCAUCUCUGUGAUUGGAGAUGGAGCCAUGACGGCCGGACAAGCUUAUGAAGCUAUGAACAACUCAGGUUUCUUGGAUUCCAAUCUCAUAAUCGUGCUCAAUGAUAACAAACAAGUAUCUCUUCCGACGGCCACCAUUGAUGGGCCUGCACCACCGGUGGGAGCUCUCAGCGGAGCCCUCUCUAAGCUCCAGUCUAGCACCAAGCUCAGAAAACUUCGGGAAGCCGCAAAGAGCAUCACGAAGCAAAUUGGUGGACAUACGCAUGAAGUUGCCGCGAAAAUGGAUGAAUAUGCGAGAGGAAUGAUUAGCGCUUCAGGAUCUUCACUGUUUGAGGAGCUUGGAUUGUACUACAUUGGUCCAGUGGACGGCCAUAACGUCGACCAUUUGGUGACAAUUUUGCAGAAGGUGAAGUCCAUGCCUGCUCCUGGCCCAGUUCUCAUCCAUGUCCCUCUUCCCCCCUCUUUGGACCGCGAGAAAGAAAGGCGCCCCCCCCCGGCCGGGCCCGCCGCCGAUAAAAUGCAUGGUGUAGUUAAGUUUGAUGUGAGGACAGGGAAACAGGAGAAACCGAAGCAAGCCACUCUUUCAUACACGCAGUACUUUGCAGAAUCGCUUAUAAGGGAAGCUGAAGAGGAUAGUAAGAUUGUGGCCAUCCAUGCCGCUAUGGGAGGGGGCACAGGACUUAAUUAUUUUCAGAAGAAGUUCCCUGAAAGAUGUUUUGAUGUUGGAAUUGCAGAGCAGCAUGCUGUUACUUUCGCUGCAGGUCUGGCUACCGGCUACCGAAGGGCUCACAAGCCUUUCUGUGCUAUAUAUUCAUCUUUCCUCCAAAGAGGCUAUGAUCAGGUGGCACAUGAUGUCGAUUUACAGAAGCUACCCGUCCGCUUCGCAUUGGACCGAGCCGGCCUCGUCGGUGCCGAUGGACCAACCCAUUGCGGAGCUUUCGACAUCACAUACAUGGCUUGCUUGCCAAAUAUGAUCGUCAUGGCCCCAUCUGAUGAAGCCCAGCUCAUGCACAUGGUUGCAACAGCAGCAGCCAUUGAUGACAGACCAAGCUGCUUCAGAUUUCCUCGAGGAAACGGAGUCGGAGUUCCCCUUCCUACUGGAAACAAAGGCAUUCCUCUUGAGAUUGGAAAGGGGAGAGUUCUCGUCGAAGGAACUCGAGUCGCUAUUCUCGGAUAUGGGUCUAUUGUUCAGAACUGUUUGAAGGCUGCAAAAAGGUUAAGAGAUCACAAUAUUUCGAUAACUGUGGCCGAUGCUCGAUUCUGCAAGCCUCUGGAUGUCGAUCUCAUAAGAAGACUGGCAAAGGAGCAUGAGUUUCUGAUCACAGCUGAAGAAGGAUCUAUUGGAGGUUUUGGGUCUCAUGUUACUCAUUUCUUAAGCUUGGAUGGUCUCCUUGAUGGCCAUCUCAAGUUGAGAUCAUUGGUUCUUCCUGAUAGAUACAUAGAUCAUGGAUCACCACAAGAUCAGAUUGAUGAAGCAGGACUUUCUUCGAACCACAUCAUGGCGACGGUCUUGUCCCUCUUGGGGAGGCCAAAGGAAGCUUUACAUGUGAAGUGAAGUUCCCUAAAUUCAAAAGAAGAAGAAAUAAUUGUAGAAUCUAACGGUCUGAUUGCAUAAUCAAAUGGAUUCCAACAGAUGCAUUUGUUUAUUCUGUCUUUCUUUGGUGUGGAUAAUGGGGACAGAGUAAAUGGUGCAUUUUAUGUUGUUUGCUUUCCUUAUCGGCUGUUUGUGAGCAUAAAUCUUGCGUUGGUUGGUGUUCAAAAUAUGCCUCCCUAUUUGUAUAUUCUUCAGUUGUCUUACUGUAUUGAUCAUAAGGGUCGGGAAAAGUAAUAAAUAAAUAUUGUGGGAAGUUUCUUCA